AUGGCGCGCAAGGAUCCACGGCCAAAGCGCGCUGGCCGCAAGUUGAACCAUACUGGCCCUAAGCCGAAGUCGAACCGCACGAACCAGAAAGAAGAACAGGCCCCGGGCUUGCAGUCAAUCAACUUGGAAGAGAAGCAACCGCCCGAUUUUCAGAGCAUAUCCAGCUACAGGCAUUACAAGACCACCACGAGCAAGGCAAAGGGACCCUCGCCUACUGCCAGGCCUCAGAUCAAACCUGCCUCCGACGUGAACGUCAAGGUCAUACCCGUUGGUUCCACUUUGACUGUAUUGCCCACUGGAACGUUUACUGCGCAUACUGGCGCUCUACCUCUCAUUCCUUCAUCUACUCCUCAUGUCAGCACGCCUGGUACGACUCCUGGCUUCUCUCCCCUCCCGCCUCUUGCCUCGUUUGCCGCGACGUCUUCAGUGUCUUCGCUGCUACACGAAACGGUACCAACCGAGUCUCUGGAGGCGAAACAGCGCCAGGUCCAAUCGCAACCUACGAAGCACGUUUCUACUGUCGCGAUCGCCCUUGUCGCUGUCGGCGUGGCUUUCUUGCUCCUCGGCAUCUUCAUCGUCUUCAGAAUCUGCAGGCGUCCUCGCCGAAGGACUUGUCCCACCCCUUCUCUGCCUAUCCUUCAAGAUCCCUUUACUGAUGAGGACGUUGUCGGUGACGAAGAAUCACUCUUCGGCGGCAAGGAGCGGGCUUCCGGCAGACCCGAGAGCAACGUCCUGUGGACUUGGACCCAGUACUCCCAACCUUCUCUUAGAAAACCCGAAUUUACAACUGCUGGCCUUCCGGAGAGGACCGGCGAUGCGCAGAUGAAUGUGGCUCCGGCAAAGCGAAAUUCCACUGGAUUCAGUGAGAAACGUACAUCUCUUACAGUAGAAGAAAGGUCGGCGGCCCCGUCCCAGCUUCCUAUGCAACAAGCACAUACCGCAUUAUCACGUGCAGCAAAUCGAGUCUCUGCUAUGUCGAUGUCUGUCUACCCUGGUUCUCCUCUAUCUACAGCCGGCCCAGGAAUCGGUGUCGCUCUCGGGGGCGCGUCUCCUCUGACGGCCGAUGGGAUGCCCGUCCUUCAGCGUAGCAUAUCGAAGCCGUCCACUCAGCGGCUCUUGAAGAACAGGAGAAGCGUGCGAUACAGCAUGUACGAUCCGUCGCAGAUUGGCGAAGACUUGUCUCAGUCCAAUCCUGACGUCUACGAUGGUGCGCAAGUCACAUCUCCAGUGCCGUCGCCCAAUGCUCUGCCGAAGUCGAAAUCUGUUCAGGGUCGCGCCCGUGUUAAAACACCAUACGCUCCUGGCGUCUUGCGCACGUCUUCUAGUGUGUCGGCGUUCCUGGGUCGCGAUCCGAAUCCAUUCGAAGAUUCUCAGUAUAUUCUUCCGCCUCUCUCACCCGCCCUGAAGACAGAUGCGCUCAGGGAACGUGACACGAGGGCUUUAGCGUCUGCACUUGGUUUGGCGAGUCCGCCCCCGCCCUCCCCGCAACCGACGUUGUAUCCAGACGAUUCCAUCACACGACGUCAGUCGAGGGUCAUUGGGCACGGGAGGGGCCAGAGCGAGGCUAUGAGCCCGAGUAUGGAGGCAAGUGCACGGUUGGGAAACCUCAUGUUGGCCGAUUUCACGAGCAUGGCAUCACUUCCUUCCACACGCGCCAUCAGCGGUUCAGAUCAGCCUCCGGUCAGGACAAAGAGCACAAGGAAGCGAGCUGAUGACAAGCCUCCCCGUGUACCUUCUCCCCCGCCAAUGCCUUCCCUUGCGCAGAUGGCACUCGCCCACACUAAUCCGCAGGAUUACGCAGACUACCGGAGCCCGACAUACAGCAUAUAUGGAUUGUAUGAGGCCGACAGGAAGAGUCGAGCACCUGGUGAAGGCGGGUAUUGA